AUGUCAAGUCCAUAUCGAACCCCUCACCACCAACAUCAACAACAUCAAAGCGGAGGAUAUGCUUCGGGUAGUAGCAGACAUAGACAGGCGGUGAGAGGUCAAGAUUCUCGCCCGCAACAAUAUCAGAGCCAACCAUACGCUGGCUAUGGGUAUGUCAGCUAUGGAUCGCAGUAUCAGGAUGAUUGCGCUUAUGGAGGAUACGGCAGUGGCGGGUAUUACGAGUCUUAUCCGGCCGCAUACUAUCCCUCACAGCAGCAGCGUUAUGAGCAUCCCUAUUAUGGCCGAGCACAAGGCUAUCCGCACAGUCACCGCAAUCCUGGAGGGCCAAACGGGAGUGGCAGCGGAGGAGGGUGCAGAGCAAACAAUGGGUGGGAAGCGCAAACUCCGCACCGACACGGAGCUGGCGCAGGUAGCGCAAUAAAGGGUGCGCCAGAAGCACCCAAGAAAAUGCGUCAAGCUGCGCAGCAUUCGCAAUAUGUAUAUAAUCAACACCUUUCUUCCUAUCCUCCGCCUCCUGCCAACUACUACCAGCAAACACAACAACGAGAGUAUCAUUCCAACUCACGCUACUCUCCUUACACACGCAACAACGACAACCUCAACUCCUUGAACAGUUCCGACGUCAGGAUGACACCCCCUCGAAUCCUUCAAGCUUCGAUCCGAUCCUAUCCUCGUGAUAGCUAUAUCCUGACAGCAAGCCAGCCUUCCACCCUCCUCUCCGAUGCCGAAGCUGGGGCUCGAAAGCUACUGGUGAUUUUGGAUCUGAAUGGAACGCUGGUAUUCAGGGCGAAAAGGGGUAAUGGUAGAGCAGUGGAUUCCGUACGAGCUGUUCCUCGACCUUACCUCUUUUGUUUCUUGCGUUACUGUCUUGGAACUCCUUCCUUUACCCCUGCUCAUCCCAACCAAGGAUCGGAGGGAGAGGGGAAGCGGGAUAAACCACACGGCUCACACUUCUGGUCAACCCGCUCCGAACCUCAAUCCUCCGGUCAAGCAGAAGUUGUAGUCUGGUCCUCCGCCCAGCCCCUCAACGUCGAUAGCAUGGUCAAAGCUUCAUUCGACCCCAGCAUCCGAUCCCAACUGAAACGCGUUUGGGCACGAGACACCCUCGUACCCAAUCGUUUCUUCGCACUCAAGGCCGAAAGUAUAAAGGAUUUAGAGAUUGUCUGGGCCGAGCUAAAUGCAUUUGCGAGCCAAAGGCCUAGUCCGGCGAGGCUGCUUGCGGAGUAUAGGGAUAGGCUGGAUAGGGAGAGACCAGACGAUGUGGCUCCUACUUCUCCUGCUGGUGGUGGUGGUGGUGGUGGUGGUGGUGGUGGGAACAAGUAUGAAGGGAAGCAUAACAAGCACAAGCAGGUAGAGGCGAAGGAGAAGGAGAGGGAGAAGAUUUCAGCAGCACUAGAAGCAGCGCUGGAAGCGGAGAAAUUGGGGCCUUGGGGACAGCAUAAUACCGUGUUAGUGGAUGAUAGUGUGACGAAGGCGAGGUUGCAACCUUAUAAUCAGUUGGUCAUUCCGGAGUUCGGGGAGAAGGAUGCUGCUAUGAUGCGCAAGUUCAUUUUACAACAACUGCCAUCUGAUGCGGAGGAGAAGGGGAGUGAGGGCGAGCUGGAGUAUGCUUCUGAUCUCUCUAUCCCCGAAAUGAAAGCUCCUCCUUCUUCCACGACCAAUGGUGGAGAUCAGGAGAUCCAACCCAAAUCAGAGGAGAAAAAGAAGAAACCAAUCCCAGAAAGCAGACUAGACGAUGUGCUACUGCAGACGAUCGGGGUCCUCUCUGUCCUCCGCUAUCAGUCCAAUGUCAGCAGCUUCAUUCGUGCUGGCGGCAUCAAAGGGUAUGGCGAGCCAACGACGGCGCUCAAUGAGAAGCAGAAGGGGGCAAACGUAGAACACGGAAACACGCCCGAGUAUUGGGCUGAGAAGGGUAGGAAAGCAUGUGAGGAGGCUGGCAUUCAAGUGAAAGCUUGGGUCCCGGGCGAGGCUGCGAACGCUACUGCUGCUCUACUCUGA